GCAAAUAAUAAGUUACUACUUUUGAGGGAUACUUAACAAUUACAAAAUGAUUUUUAAAAAAAUAGUAACUCCUAAUAUCUUUCAUAAGGUUAGACAGCUAGAAUCACUUUCUAAAACUGGUCUUUUUGUAAAUUCUUGUAAACUGCAGCAGCUUAGUAGAACAUCAACUAGUCUUACCAAUACUAAACAAUGUUUAAAUUCUAAUAUAUUCAGCAAUGGAAACAAUCAUUUGGCUAAGUUCCCAACAACUGGCACUUUAGGAACACAAAUAUGCCGUAAAGGAAGUACAACUACUGGUGAUCAUGUACGUUUGUGGGUCAUAGAAAGAAUUGCUGCAGCAGCACUUCCAAUUAUAAUACCUGCUGCUUUGAUAUCGGAAAGUGUAAUUCUUGAUGGCAUAAUGUCUGUAUUGGUUGUGAUGCAUUCACAUUGGGGUCUGGAGGCUAUUAUUACAGACUAUGCACGUCCUUCGGUUGUUGGACCUGUACUACCAAAAGUUUUACAUCUUUCAUUGAUUCUUCUCUCAGCAGCUACACUCUGUGGACUGUUUAUACUUAUAAAUAAUGGUCCUGGUGUUUCAAGGGCUAUUAAAGAUGGCUGGGCAAUCGGUAAAACACCUCCUAAAGAUGCUCAAGAUACUCCAUAAUUUCUUCAAUAUUUUAAUAGAUAGUUAAAGUGUUAA